GUAAGGAGCAACGCGACGGGCCAGUUGCGCAACUCUGCGGAAGCUAAAGUUCAAGGCAGGCACCCAGUCCAUGGCACUUUAUCAUUAGUUUCCAAUCCUUUAGCCUUCCGGCCGUGGCACUUUAAAGGUUGUUCAGUACUGAACUGGACCUUGGACUGUUCUUCUUUUGACAGCGCUCUUGAAGUAUAAUCACCAGAGGCCCCUUACAGAUAAGGCGUUACACACGCAAACAUGGGAGAAUGGGGCUUUCUCUCCAAGUUGCUGGACAAGGUGCAGUCCCACUCCACUGUCAUUGGGAAGGUAUGGAUGACGGUCCUUUUUGUCUUCAGAAUCAUGGUUCUUGGAGCUGGUGCUGAAAAGGUGUGGGGAGAUGAACAGUCCAAAAUGGUCUGUAACACCAAACAACCAGGUUGUACAAAUGUCUGCUACGAUAAAGCUUUUCCCAUCUCCCACAUUCGCUUCUGGACCCUCCAGAUCAUCUUUGUGGCCACACCGACGCUCAUGUAUCUAGGCCAUGUUCUACACGUCGUCCACAAGGAAAAGAAGCUGAGGCAGCAUCUUCACAGCCAAGCGGAACGUCAGGGAGUCAAAGUACCAAAAUACACUGACGAAAAGGGUAAAAUCGAUAUUAAAGGAGGCUUGUUGGCCAGCUACAUGACCAGUGUGAUCGUGAAGAUCCUGCUUGAGGCAGGUUUCAUAGCCGGACAGUACUACCUGUACGGUUUCGUGAUGGUGCCCAAAAUCGAAUGUACCCGGUACCCAUGUCCCUACACUGUAGAAUGCUUCAUGUCUCGGCCUACGGAGAAGACCGUCUUCAUCAUCUUCAUGUUGAUCGUGUCAUGUGUUUCCCUGCUCCUGAACCUAAUAGAAAUUUUCUACCUGAUUGGCUACAGGUCAAAGAAGCAUCAGGCUAAGAUGAGUGCGCGAUUAAAGCAAGCACACUUGUAUCUUCCUGUAAACCAAGAAAGUAGCAGCAGCAAAGCCUGAAAGAACAAAAUCAGAGCCAAAACCGGCCUAAACGAAUGAUCUAAACAGUGUGUAUUAUUAGAAAUGAAUGCUUUAGCAUUUUUUAAGCUAGUCUCUAACUGUGAUACAUCUGCAGCAUAAAUACACUUACAAUAGAAGCUAAUGGGCAGGUGCUAAAGCAAAGUAUCAACAGGCUUUCUGUUCAUGUCAGGAACAGAUGUUGAGGAUGUGCCAAAUGUGUCAAAAAGAUCCCCUGUGUUAGUCAGUAUUGUACAGAUGUGACAGACGAAGAUUAGGUCUGGUUUUAGGACCUUCUUUGCUGGUGUACUCUUGAGCUUUAGGGGGAGAUGUUCAUGUUUACAUUUACUGACAUGAAACACGGUUGUCAGACUUAUUUAACUCAUAAUGUUUCAUAAACAAGGACAGUGUGUAAAAAAAAGAUGGACACACGCAUUUUACUAUUUUUACUUAUUUACACUUCUUUUUACCUAUUUUUGUUUUUCUUUUUGUGGGAUUAAUUAUGUGAAUGAAGCUUUAAGUUAUGAAACUGAUUGAAUACUUUGUUUUGUAGAUCAUGUCACAGGGUAUUGAACAUCAUACACACAUGUUUACAUUGAAAUGUAUGAUUUUUUUUAUGCAUAUGUCAAAAAUGUCUAAUUAAUUUGUUAUUUUUUUUUAAUUGGACUAUGAUUUUGUUAAUGCAAUUUGCUAAUAAAGAAUGCUACUAAUUUUUAACAACUUUGUGUGUAAUUUUAAUAGAAAUUUCUAGAAUGGAAGGAUUGGUCAAGUUAAUGGCUUCUAUUAUGGUAUUAGAUUUUAAUGGAAAUUUUCUUGAAAAACAUCACUUUUCACUUUUUAUUUGUUGGAGGUCCAAUUUUAUAUAUAUAUAUAUAUGUUUUACUAUUUUUAGUUUUUGAAAGAUCUGUAGAAAUAUCUACUGCUCAACAUCAGGUCCUUCCAUUUCAUUGUGCUGUUUCAUUUAGGAUGUGGCCUAUUGGAGUGGAUUUUUAGCAUGCCUCAGACCUAAACUAUUUGUCAGAUUCUGACUGUUUGCUUCUGUAUGCUUUGUUUUAUCUGCUUUUCUCUGUAUUGCCCUGCAUUUGGGCUCUUACUAGGAGUUAACUAAUCAGGACACACUGUACAUUAUCUGUGGCUAUAUCUGUAUACUGAUGUCUAUAGCACAAAAUAAUAAUAAAAAAUGGAAAUGUGUGCAUCCAA